AUGUUUGACGAUUUUAUACUACUUGCAAAAGGAGGUCUUACAGUGUAUCAUGGACCAGUGAACAAAGUGGAAGAGUAUUUCUCAAGCAUGGGCAUUAAUGUCCCUGACCGUGUCAACCCUCCAGAUUACUUCAUUGACAUUUUAGAAGGAAUAGUAAAAUUAAGCCCAAGCUUAGGAGUGACCUAUAAACAACUACCUGUUAGAUGGAUGCUUCAUAAUGGGUAUCCCGUGCCCAUGGAUAUGCUAGAUAGUAUUGAAGGAAUGGCCGCCCCAAGUGGAGAAGGCUCAUCACGUGGAGCAGUGACUGCUGGACAGAGUGAAGAACCUUCUUUUGCUGGUGAACUUUGGCAGGAUGUAAAGUGCAAUGUUGAGAUGAAGAAGGAUAUCCUUCACAUUAACUUCUUAUCUUCAAAUGAUUUGUCUAAUCGGAAUACACCAGGAGUGUUCAACCAAUACAAAUACUUUCUUGGAAGACUUAGUAAGCAACGACUAAGAGAAGCUAGAACACAGGCCGUGGAUUUCUUGAUUUUGCUACUAGCUGGCCUUUGCUUAGGUACACUUGCCAAAGUGAGUGAUGAAUCAUUUGGAGCAACUGGUUACACAUACACUGUAAUAGCAGUAUCACUUCUUUCUAAGAUUGCGGCUUUGAGAUCAUUCUCUUUGGAUAAGUUGCACUAUUGGCGGGAAAGUUCUUCAGGCAUGAGUAGCUUGGCUUACUUUCUAUCAAAGGAUACUGUUGACCACUUUAGCACACUUAUCAAGCCACUAGUUUACCUUUCCAUGUUCUAUUUCUUCAACAAUCCAAGAUCAUCAGUCACAGAUAACUAUAUUGUUCUACUAUGUUUAGUCUAUUGUGUCACUGGCAUAGCUUAUGUGUUGGCAAUCUUUUUACAGCCAGGUCCAGCUCAACUGUGGUCAGCGUUACUUCCAGUAGUUUUGACUCUUGUAGCAACCUAUGACAAUGAAGAUGAUAGCAAAUAUGUGAAAUAUCUAUCAGAUUUGUGCUACACCAAGUGGGCUCUUGAAGCAUUUUUGAGGCCAAGAAGAAUAUUGGUUCCAGAUCUAAGAGGUAAUUAUGAUGGCAGUAGCAGGAUGAAAGAAGAUAGAGUCAUAGCAUGGUCCAGUUGGAAGGAGUAA